AUGGCAACGCCCCCCGCUGCAACUGGUGGUGGUGGUGUCCUAAGCUUCGACGAUGUGGUGCAAAAUAGAAUUCGAUUUCGCGAUCUCGAAGGCAAUGAUGUUGACGCCGAUUCACUAGCAGGAGUUGCGCCGGGCAGUCAUCACCUUGGUACAUUAAUACAAGCUCUUGUAUUCGAGCUACUUGGUCGGAGGCGUCAUGCUGCUCGCGACCUCCUCCGUGCUGUUAGUCACGAGCUGGUCCUUUAUGGUCAUCUGCAGUCACCUGAGUUCUACGAAGGACUUGGAAAAUGUGUAUCAAAUCGAGAGAAAAUGCAGUUCAUAUGUCUCGCCAUGAAAGACCCUAGUUUCGAUGGCAACUUUGUGGAUAUUUUUGCCGAUCUGGUUGGUUCGGGUUUG